ACCCCAGUGAAAGUGAAAGAGUCGUGAAAGACCCCACAAAUACAAUCGUCUGUCUCUCAGGACAAUAUGUUUUGAACACAAGCAUAGGUGCCUCUUUGGUUCUGUUCCGCCCACCAACGAAUCCUCGCAUCCUGUCAUUGAGUUCUUCCUCCGAUUCCAAAACCUUAUAGUUAGCGGAACACCCCCACCCCCCAACAAAAGGGAUUUAGAUUAAGCUAGAAAAAUCGUUGAAUAAUGGCGGCGAGUAGUGCCCCAUGGCAGCCCAAGGAGGAGGGGUUCAGAGAGAUCUGCGGGCUCCUGGAGCAGCAGAUUUCCCAUUCCUCUUCCUCCGCCGACAAGUCCCAGAUUUGGCAACAACUCCAGCAGUACUCUCAGUUCCCCGAUUUCAAUAACUACCUCGCUUUCAUUUUCGCACGCGCCGAGGGUAAGUCGGUGGAAACUCGACAAGCUGCUGGCCUGCUCUUGAAAAAUAACCUUAGAACCGAAUAUAAAUCCAUGGCUCCUGUAAACCAGCAAUAUAUAAAAUCAGAGUUGUUGCCUUGCAUGGGAGCAGCGGAUAGGCACAUUAGAUCUACAGUUGGGACCAUUAUUAGUGUUGUUGUUCAACUAGGGGGAGUUUUGGGAUGGCCUGAGUUGUUGCAAGCUCUAGUCAAUUGCUUAGACAGUAAUGACAUCAAUCACAUGGAAGGUGCUAUGGAUGCUUUAUCCAAGAUUUGUGAGGAUAUCCCUCAAGUUCUUGAUUCAGAUGUACCUGGCUUAGCUGAGCGUCCUAUCAGCAUAUUUCUUCCUAGAUUAUACAAGUUUUUCCAGUCACCACAUGCCUCAUUAAGAAAGCUUUCCCUGGGUUCUGUUAAUCAAUACAUUAUGUUGAUGCCCACUGCUUUAUAUGUAUCCAUGGAGCAAUAUCUUCAGGGUUUGUUUGUUCUUGCUCAUGACCCUGCCUCGGAAGUGCGGAAAUUGGUUUGUGCAGCAUUUGUUCAGCUAAUCGAAGUCCGUCCAUCUUUCUUGGAGCCACAUCUGGGGAAUGUAAUUGAAUACAUGUUGCAAGUCAACAAGGAUAAUGAUGCUGAAGUGGCUCUAGAGGCCUGUGAAUUUUGGUCUGCAUACUGUGAUGCUCAGUUACCACCAGAGAAGUUACGAGAGUUCUUGCCUCGUCUAGUUCCGGUGUUGUUAUCCAACAUGGUUUAUGCUGACGAUGAUGAAUCCAUUGUGGAUGCUGAGGAGGAUGGGUCUCUCCCAGAUCGUGAUCAGGAUCUCAAACCUCGUUUUCAUUCCUCACGACUUCAUGGAUCAGAUAAUGUGGAAGAUGAUGACGAUGACAUUGUUAAUGUAUGGAAUUUGCGGAAGUGCAGUGCUGCUGCCCUUGAUAUCCUCUCAAAUGUGUUUGGGGAUGAGAUUCUUCCAACAUUGAUGCCUAUAGUUCAGGCCCACUUGUCCACCACAGGUGAUGCAGCCUGGAAAGAAAGGGAAGCAGCUGUCUUGGCUCUUGGUGCCAUUGGUGAAGGUUGCAUUCAUGGUCUAUAUCCUCUUUUAUCUGAGAUUGUCACAUUUCUUAUCCCUCUUUUAGAUGAUAAGUUUCCGCUCAUUAGGAGUAUUUCGUGUUGGACACUUUCUCGCUUCAGCAAAUUUAUUCUUCAGGGUAUUGGACAUCAAAAAGGCUAUGAGCAGUUUGACAAUGUUCUUAUGGGUCUUUUGCGAAGAAUACUGGAUCCUAACAAGCGGGUGCAAGAGGCUGCUUGUUCAGCUUUUGCAACAAUGGAAGAGGAGGCUGCAGAAGAGUUGGCACCACGCUUGGAAAUUAUUUUGCAGCAUCUAAUGUGUGCUUUUGGGAAAUAUCAGAGACGGAACCUCAGAAUUGUAUAUGAUGCUAUUGGAACCUUAGCAGAUGCUGUUGGUGGGGCCCUGAAUCAGCCCGUUUAUCUUGACAUUCUGAUGCCGCCAUUAAUUGCUAAGUGGCAACAACUUUCAAAUUCAGACAAGGAAUUCUUUCCGCUGCUGGAGUGUUUUACAUCUAUUGCACAGGCAUUGGGAACGGGAUUCUCUCAAUUUGCCGAACCUGUAUUUCAGAGGUGCAUAAGCAUCAUUCAGACACAACAAGUGGCAAAGGUUGAUCCUGUUUCAGCAGGGGUUCAAUAUGAUAAGGAGUUUAUUGUUUGCUGUCUUGAUCUGCUCUCUGGACUUGUGGAGGGUCUUGGCAGUGGGAUAGAGAGUCUGGUUUCACAUAGUAAUUUGAGAGACCUGCUUCUACACUGUUGCAUGGAUGAUGCUUCUGAUGUCCGACAGAGUGCGUUUGCUCUUUUUGGGGACCUUGCAAGAGUAUGUCCCAUUCAUUUGCAUCCCCGUUUGUCCGAAUUUCUUGAUGUUGCAGCGAAGCAACUGAACACUCCUAAUCUGAGGGAAACUCUUUCAGUAGCAACUAAUGCAUGUUGGGCCAUCGGGGAACUAGCGGUUAAGGUUCGUCAAGAAGUUUCUCCAAUUGUUUUGACAGUUAUUUCAUGCUUAGUUCCAAUCCUUAAACAUGCAGAGGAGCUCAACAAGUCAUUGGUAGAAAAUAGUGCAAUAACACUUGGAAGGGUUGCAUGGGUUUGUCCGGAGGUUGUGGCACCACAUAUGGAGCAUUUCAUGCAGUCUUGGUGCACUGCUUUGUCUAUGAUACGUGAUGAUGUUGAAAAGGAGGAUGCUUUCAGAGGACUAUGUGCUGUGGUUAAAGUAAAUCCAUCGGGGGCUUUAGGUUCACUUGUUUUCUUGUGCAAAGCAAUUGCGAGUUGGCAUGAAAUAAGAAGUGAGGAUCUACAUAAUGAUGUUUGCCAGGUGUUGCAUGGUUAUAAACAGAUGCUUAGGAAUGGAGCGUGGGACCAAUGUAUGUCUGCCUUGGAGCCCCCAGUGAAGGACAAAUUAUCCAAGUAUCAAGUGUAAUGUGAGUCUUAGCAGAUGUAUUUUCUCUUCUGGCACUCUUCUGCAGCGUGCUCACUCGGAAUGGCGUGUCUGCCUCAAUACCGAUAGUCAUGUGUGCACUGUCCGAGAUAUUGUUGCGGUCAUGAUUAACCGAAGGCAAAGUCUGUCCCAAUUUUCUCAGGCAAAGCAUUGCGAUGGCCUGACUCGUUGAAGUUUGGAGCUAACUUGCGGAACCUUAUUUGAUUGGUCGUAUCCAUACACCAUUUGAUUUUAUUUGAUAUAGAAGCAACUUAGGGUCGGGACAUGCAUGGAUAUGGUGUACAGGGGUGCAGCUUUCUAAGCACAUGGAAUGUUAAUUUUUGGUGUUUUCUAUUUAGAAAAUUUCUAAUAUUUUUUACUGCCUUUUUUUUUUUUGGGGGGGAGAGGGUUGGCGGGCGGGAGCUUCAAAAUUUUCCCUAGCUUACGGUGGAUGAGGUCUUUCCACAGAUUUUGUACUAGUGGAUUGAAACGUACAUCUUCUUGGGCUUGUACCUUUAUAUAAAAUACGGGACCCAUUGAUCC